GAGGUUAGCUUCUGUUGCUACAUCGUCUGGCCUCCGCUUUGUCUGGGCUUCAUCCUCCUGAUGGAAUCAUCUUCUGUGGUCAUUGACAUUGGCAGUGCCUGUUGCAAAGUUGGUUUGGCUUGGAAAAACUACCCUACUUUUGCAAUCCCUACAGUUGUUGGAUAUGAGCCCUACUGUGAGAACCUGAAAGGAUUCCCUUCCAAGAUAAGGAAAGUCAUAGGCCUGGAAAACAUGCAUAUACUCAAGGACCUGCCUAUUAUAGAAUUUCCCGUUAAUCGAGGCCAAAUCCUGAACUGGGAUGCUAUGGAAGCUAUUUGGCGACAUACUUUUGAUAGCCUUCAAAUCAAUCCCAAGAACCACCCAGUGAUUGUCACAGACUUGCCAUGGAAAGAGAGAAGUUACCAGCAGAAGGUUCUGGAGGUCAUGAUGGAGACUUUCAACGUUCCAUCCCUGCACAUUGGCAAUCAGGCAGAACUUGCUAUAUUAGGUGCCGGAUUCUUGACUGGAAUGGUACUAGACUGUGGGGCUGGUCUUACCCACGUUGCACCCAUCUUGGGAGGCCACGUCAUCCCUAAAUGCAUGCUAAUCUGUGAGAUCGGUGGGCUGGAUAUCAGUGCCCUGCUAUAUAAACACCUGUUCAGGAAGGAUAUGAGAGUGGAUGACUUGCUCCAGAGAAUAACAAUGGAAGAGCUCAAAGAGAAGUUAUGUUACGUGAGCAAAAGCCCUGAUCAGGAGUCUCCUAGUGACUUGCCCUCUACUCAAGGGAGGGUUUCGGUGCUUCCUGAUGGGGAGAUUAUCUCCUUUACUGAAAAACACUGUACCUUCCCUGACAUGCUCUUCAACCCCUCCCAGUUUGGAGGCACUGGAGUAAAACUAGCGCUUGAGGUGCUCAAAUCAGCCAUGUUGUGUCCCAACCUGACCAAACACUACAUAUUUUCUCGGGUGGUUCUCUCUGGGGGCAGCACACUCUUUCCUGGCUUUCCAGAACGUCUUGUCUCAGAGUUAAAUGCCAUGAAACCGUCACUGUUCUCAACUGAGGUUGUGUGCAGGCCAAAUAGGGUCUACCUACCCUGGGUAGGAGGUGCCAUAUUGUCUCACCUGUCGACUUUCAGUUCCCGCUGCAUAACCAGAAACGAAUACUAUGAGGCACAAGAUGCACUAUUGACUUAGAGAAGUUUUCUUCAGAGAUUUUCCCAAAGGAGUGAAUUGGUGAAUACUGACUGCCUGAGGGCGGAAGAUGCAUGUUCUUGAGAAAAGUGCCUUUUUAUAGGGUUAUAUAACUUUACUUUGUUUGGGAGUUCUACCUUUUUUUAAAUUUUUGUUCCUCGCUAUAGCUGUGGCUUGGGAUUUUGGCUUCCCAUCAGGCCUGAAUUAGGAAUUCUAGAAAAGGUCUUUCUCGGGGGACUUUUGGAGAAGCAGCAUUGAAAUCCAAAAUAGUUCUGAAAGCUUCGAGUUUGCUUUCCCCUGAUAGUUCACUUCCUCUCUGGAAAUACUAUGUAAGAGACAGGGUAAAAGAGUGUCCAUGUCACACCAAUGCAGAGGAGGGGAAGGGUGUACAAUUCUUGUCCCCAAUCAAGAUGGGUCUGCUAAUUUUUUUUGUAAUUGAGGGAGUAUGGAGAGAAAAUGAAUAUACUAUCACCUAGAAGAUAAAAUUGGAGAAUUUGUAUCUCUUCCUGAGACUUGGGCAAUGUAUCUUCCUUAUUCUCUCUUUUUUUUCCUGAAUCCCCUCAGAGAAUAGAUUUGUUGGUUCUUAGCCAUCCUCAGCCAAAACUAGCCCUUUUCAAAGAUGUUUUUCAGUCCCUUAGCCUGACAAAUUGUGGUUGACCUGAAGUAAUAGGAAAGGGCACCUUCUCUUUCUGCUCUCUCUCGCUCUUUCUUCUCUCUUUUCUCUUUCUGCUCUCCUCUCUCUCUUUUCUCCUCUCUUUCUCUCUCGUAUUGGAGGGAUGGAGAGGAACAUUAGUAUGUUUAUAACCAAAGGACUAGCUACAGUGGAUGUCUUGUGUUGCUUAGGGGAUUCUGAGGGUUCUGUGGCCUAUGCUGUGGGGAUAUCAUGUACACAACAAUCCUUGUCCAGUUUUCAAGGGAGAUCUGUUCAUCUUUGAAAUGCCUUGUUUUAACUGGAUAUGGAAACCCAGUAAAAAUGGAAGCAUUGUGAUGAUGGCUCAAGUAGUGAUAGGGGAAGGUAGGGAAAAGGCACAAAAUGCAGGAUUACCUAAGAGAAGAGGGAGUCUAUGAUGGUGAUAGGAGCAGGGAGGGAUGCCAGUCUGGUGGACUUUCCUGCCUGCUUUUUCUUCUUCAUCUGAAAUUUCAAGACUUCUGGAUCCUCCUCUAUGAAUGGAGGCUAAAAGGACAAUACCUUCUCCCCCAAAAUAUUAAUGGGCUCAGGAGCAAUCCUGUCUUUUCCAGAUGAUAUCUGAGAGACUGCUUAGUGCUAGGCACCAUAUGUUACACAGGAAGCUGCCCAUUUCAGAUUAUAUCCAGAGGAAGAUAACCUGGAGAACACUAGUAACUGUCACUCAUCUGAUGCAAUAAAGAAAUGUAAAGAAAGCACUUUGCUUGCUCAUUUGAGCUCCCUGUCAACCUUGUGAGGGUAGUAAUAGAAGUGAUCUUAUCACAUUUUUAUAAAUGGAGAAACAGAUUCUAGGAAGUAUUCCAUCAUGGUAUACAUAGUGACAAGCCCUCAGUACAUCUACAAGUCCCAUGAUUUUAUGGGAGACUAAGCUUCCUCCCUCAAGUCUGGAAAACCAGGAUUAUUUUCUUACUUUUAAUCCCCUGUGUCUCUAAUUCUAUGCUUUCUUUGUUUUCUGGAAUUCAUAGUCACCAAUGCCAUGAAUGAUUGUAGUAUUCAUUAAGUUUUUGCCAUAUAUAAUGCACUGUGGCAAGUGUUAGGGUUGCAAAUAGAAUAGUAAAGUAGAUUCUCCAGGAGGAACUGGGAAUGAGUAGGCUAGAGAAGAGGAAAAACUUAGGAAGGAGCCGUUUGAUGCAAUUGCAUAUAAUAGAGGGAUUGGGUUUUUUUUUCCUGGACUCCAUGGUGUAAAAACAGGAAAUGGAGAUGUAUAAUAUAUUAUAACAAAAAAGAUUUCUUAAAGUUAGUUCUGUCCUAUAGUAGAAAUACCUUCUUUAUCACUAGGGAACUCCUCCAAUUCAACAGAUUACAGGAAAAAUCAGUAAAAGUAUUAGGGUUUGGGAAAUUGCCUUGCCUGUCCUAUUCCUCCCUUCCAUUUUCAUUCUGAUGUUUUCCUAGACUCCAAGUUAUUCCUGAUUCCUUAGAUUUUCUGUUUGUCACUCUUCGUAGCUCC